AUGUUAUCCGCAUUCACCGCGCGGCCGCUCGUCGAGCUGAAGUCGCGCGAUAGAUCCCAAAUCACCGCCGUCCUAGCCCACGGCGACCGACUCCUCGCGGGCCUCAGCAAUGGCAGUCUCCGCAUCUACCGCCUAAAUGACGACCAAAGCACCGACCUCCUACGCGAAGAGGAAAAAUUCGCCCGGUCCAAGAUCGAUCAGCUGGCCCUGGUCAAGGAGGCAGAGGUACUGGUCUCCUUGGCCGGCGGGUAUGUCGCCCUGCAUGAUGCGCAGUCGUAUGAGCUGCAGGAGCAACUUGCACAGACCAAGGGCGCGGGGACGUUUGCCAUCACCUCGAAUGUUGUGACUGAUUCCGAUGAUAUUCCUGUUAUUAUUUCGAGGAUGGCGGUCCCUGUUAAGAGGAAGCUGAUGUUGUGGGUGUGGAGGGAUAUGGAGCUCGAAACGCAUGUCUCGGAGUUGAGUCUUGCGAGUGGGAUUAAGAUGCUUACUUGGGUGUCGGGAACGAGAAUGGUUGUCGGGUUGACCUCGGGUUUCGUGCUAGUUGAUGUCGAGUCUGGGGAGGUGACCGAGCUGGCGGGACCGGGGAGUAUCGAAGAGCCCGGCCGAUUUACGGGGGUUGGGGCCGCGAGCAUGAGCUAUAUCGGGAUAGGAGGCAUGGCUCCCAGGCCACUGGCAACAAGGCUCUGUGAGGGUGAGAUUCUGUUGGUGAAAGAUAUCCAUACGCACUUUGUCGACGUGGACGGUCAAUCGCUCGGCCGGAGACAGAUUCCCUGGAACCAUGCGCCCGCCGAGCUCGGAUACUCAUACCCCUUCCUUCUGGCCCUGCACGAUGCAUCCAAGGGCGUGCUUGAGGUGCGCAACCCGGAAACACUGACAUUGCUACAAUCUAUCCCCUUGCCCGCUGCCAAAAUCCUACACAUCCCGCAACCAAACAUCAGUCUCGCGCACGCAGGAAAAGGGUUUCUUGUUGCAAGCGAUCGAACCAUCUGGCGCAUGGAGGCUCUGAGCUACGACACGCAGAUUGACUCGCUGAUCGAGAAUGGGUAUUUGGAUGAAGCUAUCAGCCUGCUUCAUAUGCUGGAAGAUGCGCUGCUGCGGGACAAACCCGGCAGACUGCGUGCUGCAAAGCUGGAAAAGGCGCAGAGCCUUUUUGCAGUUCAUAAAUACCGCGAGGCGUUGGAUUUGUUUACCGAGAUCUCGGCGCCACCGGAGACAGUUAUUCGGCUUUAUCCGCGUUUGAUUGCGGGGGAGCUCUCGGCCGUGGAGAGUGAUGGGGCUGCUUCUCAGGAUGGUUCUGAAGUUGCUGCUGGGGGUGCUCAAUAUGCGGGUUCUGUGAUAUCCUUUUUGAGGAAGACAGAUGAAAUUAGUGAAACCAGCAGUAUCCGGGAGGACAGUAAGUAA